AUGACGUUGUCUCCCUCGUUGGACACGAGGCUUCCAUAAUUCGAAGGUUUGCCUCGGAUCUUCUCGCUGGAUUGACGGUAUUAGAAUCCACUCGAGCCAUGAUCUUAAAUCAUGAAUCAGAGAAAAACCAUCUCCAUCGGUUUAUUAAUAUUCUCCACAACGAGUCAGAUCUCGCAGCCCAGGAAAAUCUUUCAAAAAUUCUUCGAAAUUUCGCAGACGAUAUUUUUGCUAGCUACCAAAUCCUGGAGAGUCCACAUCUUAACAGUCUUCUGAUUGGUCUCCAAUCGGUGGAUCCAGAUGUGAGAGGAAAUUGUCUUGAAAUACUUGAUAAAUUGAUGGCAAAUCCCAUCGCUGUUAACAGACUUUCCUCGUUGAAGUGGACUUGGAUGAGAGUGGGAGUGUCCCUGAGACAUCUUUACGAGAAAAUCCAUCGAGAGUUUCGUGAUUCCGAGGGAUUGGAGAAACUCCUGGAGAUCUUCCGUGAUUAUAACUGGGAGGAUCUCCAUCUUCCGGUUGUCGAGGUGCUGGUUGUCGCCACUGGAAAUUACAAAACGGCCGAGUAUUUCUGCUCUUUGAUAAAUUCCGAGGAAGUGUCAGAGCUGAUGAAUUUGAGAGAUCCAAUUGUCAUGCAGUUGAUGGCUAAUCUAUCAAUGGUACCUGAAUUCAAACGGAUCCUCCAGGAUUUUGGAGUAGUCCAGUUCAUCUCGAUGAACUUCGAGGGAGAAUUAAAUCCUGAAAUAAUCAAUCCAAUUAGCUCGAUCAUUGAAAAUAUCUGCCAUUCGACAGCUGUGAUGAACGAGUUGAUAGAAAUCAACGUGACAGGGCGAUUAAUUGAAAUUCUCAAAGCAGAACACAUCGACUGGCAGAUGAAGGAGGACGCAAUAUUCGCUAUCAAAGAGGUGAUUUCCCGGAAUCAUAAAAACGGGCGAUCGCUCAUUUCCUCGAAUGAUCACUUGUCAUUAAUUGAAAUCACCCAGAGAGAUGUUCCAAUGCAUGUGAGACUUGGGCUUUUGAAUGUUAUAAAUUCUCUGAUCCUCAGGCCCAAAUUCCGGAAUUUUUUCGUCCACUCGGAGAUCAUAGAAAUCCUCUCCAGAUUUUUCAAUGAACAAGUGGCGGAUGAACUCAAAAUAUGUACCGUAUCAAUUUUAUCUCAUCUUUUCAUCGAAGAGGAAGCGAGAACGUUAUGUCUGAAGACGAAUUUUCUGGAAAGACUCUGUCAGCUGAUCUGCACGGAACAGUCACUUCCUGUUCAAUCAUGUGCUGUUCAAUUAAUUCAACAAUUGUGCUGCGAUGAGAUAUUGAUUGAUGAGUUCGUUAGAAUAGGAUAUCUAGAUGCUUUGUUAAAGAAUCGUCGGGUUAUGCGAGAUAUAAUUCCGUCGUGGGAGACGUGCCUCCAGACGAUGCUGUCGGGGCACUUGCCUUUAAAAUUUGCAGUCAUGGGUCGUCUUUCAUUGAAUGACAUCACUAAAAACGGAUUCUACGUGGAGAAGAGACACUGUCACACGUUUCCCUCGCUGAAAGAACUGUUGGCGUCCAGGUGCAGUCCUAUUCAAUGUCUCUACACAGUUAAUUUUUCGAAUGAAAAUAUCUCUCGACUGAUCUCCGGUGGAAGUGAUAGCUCUUUGUACUGGACUGAUGCCUUCGAGGACAAUGACAGUAAUAGAAUUUGCUCCUCGAUUUCCCUCACUUGUGCUGAAAGAUUUGGACAGCUCUCGCCUGAUCCUCUGCUGUGCCAAAGUCUCAAUAUGUUCCUGCGAAUUCUUCGGACGAGUGAAGAAACCGAAAUAUCUUUCGUUGAUGAUGAAGAUGCGAUAGACAUCAGCAGAAUUGAAUCGAGGGCGAAAUUGCUGGGAAAAUUUGUCGCUCACAAAUUGUCUGAUGUGAAUGAAUCGGGUGAGUGCAUGUCGGAUAAAUUGAAAAAUCAUCUCCAAGAGCUGCGAGAGACUCUGGAGACCAGUAUAAUUCCUAUCGGGACAUUGCGAUUCGGUUCAUAUCUGGAGAGAGCUGUGCUGUUUAAAAUUAUCGGGGACAGAAUUGGUCUGCCUGUAGCCCUGGUUCGUGGAGAGUACGGAAAAUCCUGGGUGGAGGUGCCUCUUCCUCAGUGUCAUAAGGAAUCCUCUAGGAAUCAUCUGCCAAGGAGAUUGCUAAGACCUAAUUACAUCGUGGAUUUGAUGGAUAAUCCUGGGGAUAUCAUUCACGUCGACAGUAAUCGAGCUCGACAAUAUUAUGAAUAUCAACCACUUGGUAAAAAUGUGGACUAAACCAAAUUUCAACUUGAAAAAUAAAAAUUUGGAAAUUCCGAGAAUUUUCCUCUUCAUUGCCUUCAAGAAAGUGUUAUGAAAAUAUUUUUGGAAAUUCGGAUGAUUAUCUUUUCCGCCCAAAUUUCAGCCAAUAGAAUUGCACCAUUCGAUGAAGCUACUCGGUAUCAUACUGAGUAUUUUUCGAAUAUUUUGUCUCUUACCGAUAUAUAUGAGAUAAAAAACUGUUGGAUCGUGUCAACCGCUGAUUAGAAUUAACAGAUUGAAUUUAAUUGUGCCAUUCAUUGAGUGAAAUAUCUUUUCCCGUCUUUUAAAAUCUCUUUUUUUAGUUGAAACAUUUUUUCUCAUUUUUUAAAUACAGAGUUCGCCUCAUGGUGCCAUUCCAUCGGCUGAAAUUUGACUGAAAAAAAUAAUCCCCCGAAUAAGACUGGAGUUUCGAAAUUAAUCGGACAUUUCCCUCUAGGCCCCGUGUAAACAAACGAGUUUAUCAAGUGUUCCGAUUUAAAAAAUCACAAGCGCAAAGGGCGAGUGUUUUUUUCUGGAAAACGACCGUUCAUUUUUUUCAACGAGCCUAUCGGAAAAUAUCCGAUAAUUUCAAAGCUCUAAUGUUAUUAUAAGUGAAUAGAUAUUCUAGAAUUUCUAGAAAUAUUAUUUUUCCAGCAGUAGAAAUGCGUUCAAAAAAUAAACAAAAAGAACUUCUUCACUACAUAAUCACAUAAUUAAUAGCAUUACAAUAGAUACAACAAAUUUCGUCACUAAAAACAAUACUCGUAUCAAAAUUAGUAGAAAGAUCAUAAAUAAAGGUAGAA